AUGAUAAGAAAUUUAUUUUCUGUUUUUGAUCCAUCUACAACUAUUAUAAAUUUCUCAUUAAACUGAAUUAGUACGAUUUUAGGAGUUUUAUUUAUUCCUAUUACUUUUUGAUUUAUUCCUUCUCGAUUUCAUAUUUUAUGAAAUAAAAUCACUUUAACUCUAAAUAAUGAAUUUAAUACCUUAUUAGGAGAAAAUAAACAUCAAGGAAGAACAUUCUUAUUUAUCUCAUUAUUCUCUAUUAUUUUAUUCAAUAAUUUCUUAGGAUUAUUCCCUUACAUUUUUACAUCUACAAGUCACUUAACUUUAACUUUAACAUUAGCCCUUCCUCUCUGAUUAAGUUUUAUAUUAUUUGGAUGAAUUAAUCACAUACAACAUAUAUUUGCUCAUCUUGUCCCUCAAGGAACUCCUUCAGUUCUUAUGCCGUUUAUAGUAGUUAUUGAAUCAAUCAGAAAUAUUAUUCGCCCAGGUACAUUAGCAGUUCGAUUAAUAGCAAAUAUAAUUGCAGGACAUUUAUUGAUAACUUUAUUAGGAAACACAGGCCCUUCUAUAUCCUAUUAUUUAAUUUCACUAUUACUAAUUACACAAAUUGCUCUUCUAGUCCUUGAAUCCGCUGUAGCAAUAAUUCAAUCUUAUGUUUUCGCAGUUUUAAGUACAUUAUACUCUAGAGAAGUGAUUUAA